GUGGCUGUAGUGGUUACCGACGGACAUUCGCAGGACAAUCCAGCACCAGCGGCAGAUGCUCUACGAGCAGCCGGAGUCACCAUUCUAACGUUGGGCAUCGGAGAUCACAUCAAUCGUGACGAAAUUGUUCGAAUAAGUGGCAAAGACGAAUUGGCGUUCCAGAACCUUCACAAAAAUGUGUCGCUCGAACAUUUUGUAGCUGGCUUCAGAAAUCUCUCUCAAGGAGAACACUGCGAAUACGCUAGAGGUGUGGAAUGGAGCAGAAAUUAUAUGGACGACUCUUUCUUCGAAGGCUUCCACCAGGAACCUGGGUGCUCCUCUGUAGAAGACAACUCUAACAAAAACCAAGACGGCUCACGAUUCGAUGUUCGCACCAUCGCACCGCAUGGAAAGUGUGGCCUGAUAAAAACUUAUGAGGCAAAAUCUCGCGGAUUUGUGGUGUCGUCCCGAGCGGUACUACAGUUCGAUCGGCGAUUCGCAACCGCUAACGAUCAUUCGUUCGAGAUCCGAUGCUUCUAUCCGGACAAGACGAAGACGGCAAAAAAUCCCAAAAGAGCACAAGGAGUUACCACGUUGGUCACCGAGGCCGUUUUGAGCGGGUAG